AUGAACAAUGGAUUGAAAGGGCAGUCCCAUCAUGUUGCAGAUAUUAAAAUGUUUCCCACAUUUGUGAGAUCUCUUCCAGAUGGAUCUGAAAAUGGAGAAUUUUUGGCCUUGGAUUUGGGUGGAACUAAUUUCCGAGUGUUGUUGGUCAGACUUCAAGGUCAUGAGAUUGAUAUUCAAAGCAAAACCUACUUGAUUCCACAGAGAAUUAUGUUAGGCACAGGAACUCAGCUGUUUGAUCACAUCGCUGAUUGUAUUGGCAAAUUUGUUUCCGAGCACGACCUUUUGAACCAUUCACUUCCUUUGGGGUUCACCUUCUCUUUCCCUUGCCAACAAGAAGGCUUGGCCAAAGCUCGACUGUCAAAAUGGACUAAAGGGUUCCGUUGUGAGGGUGUGGUGGGGGAAGAUAUCUGUGAGCUGUUACAGGAAGCACUGAAGCGACGAACGAACUGCAAGGUGGAGAUCGUUGCAGUUGUUAAUGAUGCAGUUGGUACGCUCAUGUCAGCUGCUCACGUUGAUCGUAACUGUGAGAUCGGGCUUAUCCUCGGCACAGGUUGCAAUGCUUGUUACAUGGAAUACCUGGAUAAUGUGGGUACUUGGAAGCAUGAUGAUGAAAAAGACCAUCAUCCCAGACAGGUUAUUAUCAACACAGAGUGGGGAGCAUUCGGGGACAAUGGUUGCUUGGAGUUCACGAGGACAGAGUAUGAUAGAGAACUGGAUACUUUCUCUAUCAAUCCUGGCAAACAAGUGAUGGAGAAAAUGAUUUCGGGCAUGUACAUGGGUGAGAUUGUCCGACUCGUGCUGGAAAGACUUGCUAAUGAGGGCUUGCUCUUUAGGAGUGUGGAUCAUGAAAGUGCCCUAUUUGAGCGGGGAAGAUUCUACACUAAGUAUGUUUCAGAAAUUGAAAGCGAUACAGAUGAAUUUUUCCGACACACAAAACAAGUUCUGGAUGAGCUACAAGUAGAAAAUUAUACAACAGAAGACUGCAAGAUUGUAAAAUAUGUUUGCACUUUAAUCUCAGCUCGAGCUGCCUUCCUCGCUGCAGCUGGCCUGGCUACAUUGAUCAAUCGUCUCAAUAAACAAGACAUGACAAUUGCUGUUGAUGGCUCCUUGUACAGGUUCCAUCCCCGUUUCCAUAACCUGAUGUGCCUGAAGAUUAAGGAAUUGGUUAAACCUGGACUGAAGUUCAAGCUGAGUUUGUCACAUGAUGGCAGUGGGAAGGGUGCAGCUUUGACAGCAGCAGUGUCCUUAAGACUUCGCAGUUUGAAACCUCUGCCUACAGACAGCAGCCAACAUAGUCUGACCACACAAGAAACAGUGUCCGUCAGGGCUUAG